UCUGUGAUUCUAUGAUUUUAAACCUGCUGUCCCCCGGCACCGCAGCUCAUCCAUGGCCAUGAACCUGGCACAGCUGCAGCCCAGGCUGAGGUGAAAGUGCCAUGAUGUUGUACUCAGGAGCUGGGUGCAGCACCUCCAUCCCUAAAUGAGGAUGGAGCCAUUUGCAUCCUACACUGUUAGCAGGGUGCUUGUGCUGCUCUAGUCACUGCGAGAUGGGAUGCUCCCAAAAUCUUGGCUUGCUGUGAAGGAGCAGUGACGGCUCAGCAUGACCAGAGGGGAGCCUGGAGCUCUCCUGGUCAGGAGCCAGGGUCUCCCGUACUUGCUGCUUACGUGCUCACCACGCUGCAGAGGGCAAUGCCGCUGGGAACCUUUGGAUCUCCCCUCACUGUGCAGCCUUGCACCCACAGGGGCUUCCAACUGGAGAAAUUUCUGGAGGGCAUGAAUCAGCUUUUCACAGCUUGUUAAAAAUCUUGAUCCUACCUCUUGUUUUCAUGCCUUUCAAAUCAGGAAAUGAGUUUUACAACUUUUCCAGUGGGGCACAGCUGGUGGCCAGGGUCGUAAAGCUGAACUUUAUAAAUAUCUCUCAUUGGGAUCAGAGGAAGAGCAUUAAAGAGGCAGAGAGAGAGAAAGAGAAAGAGAAGGGAAAGGAGCAAAGGCAAUAGCGAAGCAAAGCGAACAAGUCCAGCUCAACCAUCCAUGGCCAUGCAAGCACAGAAGAUGGGGUGCACUUGGGGCAGGCUUUGCCUGCUUCUUUCCCUCCUCCUCCAGCUGCCGGGCUCCCAGGCCAAAUGCUACUUCCAGGCUAAAGCUCCCUGCGAGUAUGAAGGGAAACAGUUCUCCCUUGGGGAAUCGUGGCUGAGCACCAACUGCCUGCUCUGCACCUGCCUCCACCCCAUUGGCGUGGGCUGCUGUGAGACCACCCAGCACCCGAUCGACUUCCCUGACUGGUGCGAGGCCCACUACGACUCACAGACCUGCCAGAUCUCGGUAGUGCAGAAGGCCAACCCCAGCCUGCCGUGCGUGAAGAGCGUGGAGCACGAGUGGGGCUCGGCCGGCACCCCCGAGCCGCUGGUGAACAAGGUUCUGGGCGCCGGGCUGAGCAGAUAAAGGGACGCUCGGCAGCGUCCGCGCCCCUUGGCACCGCCCUCCCCACUCCAGAGCACACCGCCCGCAUGUUCCAGACCUGCCCACCCACCCUGUAGAGGCAUCACCGUCGGCACCUUCGAGGGAAACCACUAUCCACACACCAUGGUACCAAGCUUUGCUUCUGCCUUCAGCUUCCUGAACCAGGGCGUCCUCUCUGUGAGGUGUUCUGCACACCGUGGAAUUGCAGAUUCUACAGGAUCUCCUCCCAGGUGGGCAGAAAACCUUCAGUGAUUAAAAAGGGCUACAGGACUAAAUCACCCUGCUCCAUGGCAGUCCUGCAUUCUGAUAUGCAGCCCCAAGCAAAGCAGCUCCCUACCCCCUCCCAGACCUCUACUCCUCUGCACAGUAGCCGUGAGGAGCUCACUGGGGCCACCAUGGCACCUGGUGCAGGAUCCCCACACCCUGUCCAGCCUCUUCUCCUGGAGUGCGAGGGGCACAACCCACCUUUGGAACCACUAAUGUCCCUGCUCCAAAAGCUCCUGGGGCCCCUGAUGCUGUAGGCCAGCCCUGGGCAACACUACAACAGAGCCAGCCCAGGGCGGGUGGCAGAACAGGAUGUCCCUGGGGGAGACCCCCAUCCCCACUAGCAAGGGAGCAGGGUGGGGAGGGUUCAGGAAGCAGAAGCAAUCUAAGUGCCAGGGUGGAGGCAGCCACCCUGGCAGCUGCCUCAGCUGGUGCCAUGCCUGUGUUGUGCAGAGCCUUGCGUAGAUGUUUCUCUUCUUGCAAUAAACAUACUGAACAAAGAGGUCUCCAGCCUGUGACUGUUGUGUAAGGCGGAUGUG